UCAGUAGAAGUCGGAUCGUUUCUCUCAUUCCGCUGAUUCCGCGGCUGAAGGGACCGAGUCUCUGGGCGGAGGCGGCGACCCCGGGAUGUUUCUCUUCCUCUUUCUCCUCCUGACCCCGAGCUGCGGGGGGGGCAUCUCUGUCCGACACUCUCCGACCCCCCGGGGGAGACUCAACUUGUGCUGGAUGAGAAUGUGCGGGGGGGGUCGGCGCAUCUGAUUGGGGGUCGGAAGUCAAUAUUCGGGAGAGAAGAACAGACAGCGGGGGGCUCCCAGCAGGACAUAACGUGGCCCCCCCCGGGCCGGAGACACAAGAGGUCGGAGGGGGGGGGACAAGACUUGAGACUCACGAGCGACACUUUCCCCCUCACUGGAGACUCCGCCUAUAACCGGGGGAUGUUACACUGGGACACUAAUGUGAUCCUGAUCCUGACAAAACUCUACGACUUCAACUUGGGGAGUGUAACGGAGAGCUCGCUUUGGAGAUCCACAGACUAUGGGACGACUUACGAGAAGUUUAACGAGAAGGUCGGAUUGAAGACGGUGCUGAGCUAUUUGUAUGUGAGUCCCACCAACAAGAGAAAGAUUAUGCUGCUGAGUGACCCCGACAUGGAGAGCAGCAUAUUAAUCAGUUCCGACGCCGGAGCCACUUACCAGAAAUACCGACUCAACUUCUACAUCCAGAGUCUCCUCUUCCACCCAAAGCAGGAGGACUGGGUGCUGGCGUACAGCCUGGACCAGAAGCUUUAUAGCUCAAUGGAUUUUGGAAGGAGGUGGAACCUGAUGCAUGAGAGGAUCACACCAAACAGAUUUUACUGGUCUGUAUCGGGUCUAGAUAAAGAGCCGGACUUAGUGCACAUGGAGGCCCGUUCUGCUGAUGGACAAGCCCAUUAUAUCACCUGUCGAAUCCAGGAGUGUUCUGAGACCACCAGGGGGGGCCCUUUCCCAAGAUCCAUUGACACCAACUCUUUGGUUGUGCAGGAUGAGUACGUCUUCAUUCAGGUGACCUCUGGUGGAAGAGCAAAUUACUACGUGUCAUACAAACGAGAGGCCUUCGCUCAGAUAAAAUUGCCAAAAUACUCCCUGCCCAAGGAUAUGCACAUUAUCAGCACUGACCAGAAGCAGGUAUUUGCUGCCGUCCAGGAGUGGAACCAGAACGAAACCUACAACUUGUACAUCUCCGAUACCCGCGGCGUCUUCUUCACUCUCGCUCUGGAGAACGUCAGGAGCAGCCGAGGGAUCGAGGGGAACAUCGUAAUCGACCUUUAUGAGGUAGCGGGAAUAAAGGGGAUAUUUCUGGCAAACAAGAAGGUGGAUGAACAGACAAAGACGUUUAUUACUUACAACAAAGGUCGGGACUGGCGCCUGUUACAAGCCCCGGGCACAGAUCUGAGAGGGAACCCCAUCACUUGCCUGCUGCCGUUCUGCUCCCUACAUUUCAACCUGCAGAUGUCUGAGAACCCCUAUAACUCUGGGAGCAUCUCCAGCAAAGGGACUGCCCCCUGGCUCAUUGUUGCCUCAGGGAACGUUGGCUCAGAGCUGUCGCCCACUGACACCAACAUGUUCAUCUCCUCUGAUGGCGGCAACACCUGGAAACAUAUCUUUGAAGAGGAAUUUAACAUCUGGUAUUUAGACUGGGGGGGCGCCCUGGUGGCCAUGAAACACACGACUCAGCCUGUUCGACAUUUGUGGUUGAGUUUUGAUGAAGGGCGCUCGUGGAAUAAAUACGCGUUUACCUCAGUGCCUAUGUUUGUGGAUGGGGCACUUGUGGAACCAGGUCUGGACAAUCACAUCAUGACAGUAUUUGGCCAUUUCAGUCUUCGUUCCGAGUGGCAAUUGGUAAAAGUCGACUACAAAUCUGUAUUUGGGAGGAGGUGCAACGAGAACGACUUUGAGAACUGGCAUUUACACAAUCAGAGAGACUUCUGUGUCAUGGGAGAGAGAAAAACCUACCGGAAGCGGAGACCCGGAUCCCAGUGUCUGCUGGGAAAAGACUACAUGCGAACGAUCACAGAACCAUGUCUGUGCUCCCACUGGGACUUUGAAUGUGAUUACGGCUUCGAGAGACACGGAAAGAACCAGUGCAGCCCAACAUUCUGGUUCAACCCAACAUUAGUGUCUGGGGACUGCGGCCAAGGACAGAGUUACCUAAAGAGCAGCGGGUACCGCAGGAUCGUCUCCAAUAACUGCACUGAUGGCUUGCGGGACCAGUACUCAGCCAAACCCCAGCAGUGUUUAGGCAAAGCCCCCCAAGGUCUGCACCUUUCUACUGCUGAUGGCAGACUGGGGGUUCAACAAGGGCAAAAUGUGACAUUCCUGGUGCAUUUGGAAGAAGGUGACCUGCAAAGAAUAAACAUCCAAUUGGACUUUGGUGAUGGCAGUGCCGUGUCAUACUCUAAUUUCAGCAAGAUAGAAGAUGGCAUACGACACGUGUAUAAGAACACAGGGAUAUACCAGGUCACGGCAUACGCUGAGAACAGCAUUGGCAUAGACAGCUCCAUCCUCUACCUUCAUGUGACAUGCCUGGUGGAACAUGUGCACCUCAGGGUCCCUUUUGUGGCCAUCAGGAAUAAAGAGGCCAAUGCCAGUGCAGUUGUGUGGCCCUCACAUUCAGGAACACUCACUCACUUCUGGUGGAUUGGGAACAGCACCAAGCCGCUCAUCACCUUGGAGAACAGCAUCUCAUUCAUGUUUAAUUCUGAGGGGACCAACACUAUCACCGUGCAAGUGGCGUCUGGGAGCACCUUGAUUCAAGAUACCAAAGAGAUCGCUGUGUAUGAAUAUUUCCAGUCUCAGCUGCUGUCGUUCUCCCCCAACCUGGACUAUCACAACCCCGACAUCCCCGAGUGGAGACAAGACAUCGGGCGGCUCAUUAAGGGGGCCCUCGUACUGGUUACAAAUAUCCCAGAGGAGCACAUUCUGGUUGCCAUGUUCCCGGGUCUCCCAACUUCAGCAGAACUAUUUGUCCUUCCUCCCAAAAAUGCGAGUGAGAGAAGGAAAGGGAGUAAAGCCGACUUGGAACAAAUUGUGGAAACCAUACUCAGUGCCCUCAACCAAAAUCUCGUGGUGUUUGAGCUGAAGCCGGGAGUGCAAGUCUUUGUGUAUGUGACCCAACUGACUUUAGCCCCAUUGGUGGACAGCGGAUCGAGCCACAGCAGUUCCGCCAUGUUGAUGCUCCUAUCGGUGGUGUUCUUGGGCCUGGCUGUGUUUUUAAUCUACAAAUUUAAGAGGAAAAUCCCCUGGAUUAACAUUUAUGCUCAAGUCCAACACGAUAAAGAACAGGAGAUGAUUGGUUCUGUCAGCCAAAAUGACACAGCUCCCAAAAUAUCACUCGGCAACUUCCCAGAUUCCGAGGAGCUGACGGAUAAAGAAUUGGACACAAGGGUCAUAGGCACCAUUUCAACAAUCGCCAACAGUGAAAGCACAAAAGAAAUCCCCAACUGUACGAGCGUCUAACGACGGCAGAAAGCACCUGAGCCAAAACUCAGACUUUUUUUUAAAGAAAAAUCAUACUUUUCUGGGGGGUUUUUCCCGUUCUCUGAGCCACAUUUCUGAACUUCAGGUAGAAGAACAAAUAUUUGUAAAAAAAAAUAUAUAUAUAAUAAAACUCACCAGUGUUUUGCUUUGAAAAUGGGAAUGAGUGUCCAUGGAAUUGCAGGAGAGAAUAAAAAGCUGGUUGUGUUGUGAUAGAGAUCAUGAAGCUGAAUCAGUUCCUUCAAGUUUUGGUGGAAAUGGAGUGAAUGUCUUGGGAAAGGAAACCUGGGACCUGCAUAUUGGAGUGACUGGGGAUUCCUUGUGGGAGAUACAUUUUCCAGUAACUAGAAGCAUAUCAUGAAUCCUGACCUUGGAUUGGGAAUGAUAUGGGAUUUGGCAUAUGAGAAGAACCAGCAGGAGUGUUUGUAUAUCUCCAAUGAAAUCCUUUCACUGUGUAUCUAGAGACUUGGGCUCCAUAAGGAUGAACCCCACAAUGUGGAUCUGCUAGCACCCGGAUAUUCUCCUCACCUUCCUUGUUUCCCCUUUAUUUUCAAGUUGUAUCAAGUCAUUCGUCAUUUAAUCUUUUCUUUCUGUCAAGUGACCCCGGGAAUCAUCUCAUUACCCUGAACCCAAAUGGCCACAUUAACAUACAAAAUUGUCUCUCACGUGGAUGCGGCCGCGGCUUUGAUUAAUGAUGCGCCGCUUGGUUUAUUGUGUACUGGGCAGUUAAGGAAUUCAAGGCCAACCCGCGGAUCUUCGGCAACUCUCCAAGCACUUUUAUCAUUUCCAAAACAAAUGGCCCCUGUCAUCUUCCAAGUUGUCCGCCAAAGUUUAAUUCUCUCUAUCUUUAUAUCCUCGCCUUACGCAUUUCCAAUUAAGCGUCCAGCAGGGGCUGUAAAUUAUGUUCAUGCAGAAUAUUCUGCUCUAAAUAAAGAGAUGACUCUGAUGAUAUAAAUCCUUCUCAAGGAGGUCUUUGGCCAUUUUUAUCUUCACUGAUAUUGGUUCAGCUAAUGAUUCUGGAGAAGUGCCACCAUAACAACAAGUGACCGAGCCUGAGAGAAGGAGAAUGAGUUUGAUACACGAGAUGAAAUUAUGUUUCUAAUUGCACAGAAUGUUCAGGUGUUUGGCGGCUGAUUCAUUUAUGAAGCAAUUUCAGAGAAAUUUCAACUUUGCUCAGCAGGCCGUGAAGUUUGGCCCAUGUGACCCUCAUUUAGACAUUUGAUAACCCCUCCCUUGCUCCUCCGUGCAUGUUAAUGGAAAAUUAUAAUGAUGGUGUUGUACAUAUCUAUGAUGUAAAUAGUUUUUAAUUUCUUGGAAAUAAAUUAAUGUUUAGUAAUAUAAA